AUGCGCGGUCGCGGCGGUCGUGGUGGCCGUGGGGGGAGCUUUGGUGGCUUCACCCAGCAGCCCACCAACACCAUCAGCAUUCGCGUGUCAGAGAUUCAGCAACCCGUCACGGAGGAUGUCAUGCGCCGCGUUUUCCAGAGCGUCGGCGUGUCGUGCAACUCGAUUCAAAUCACCCCGACAAACAACCCGCAGGAGACGUCGGUGGUGGCGCACUUUCCGGACAACUUCGCCGCGGAGCGCGUCAUGUCAAGUUUGAACAACCGCAAUAUCUUCAACAACGGCAACAAGAUGUCUAUGCAGUACACCACCUGGCUCACGAGUGGCAGCCCGGCCCCAAUGAACAGCAACAACGGUGGCGUACUGCAGUCCUCCGCCUUUGAAAAUGGCAAUGCCUUUGCAGCUCAGCAAAUGCCCCAACUCCCCCAGAUGCCCCAGAUGCCUCAACAUCCCCAGAUGCCUCAACACCCCCAGAUGCCCCAGAUGCCUCAGCACCCUCAGAUGCCCCAGGUACCCCAGGUGCCCCAGAUGCCCCAGGUGCCCCAGCAGCCCCAGAUUUCGAUGCCAACCCAGCCAAUUCCGCAGCCGCAGCCUAUGCCGAUGUCGGUAUUCACCAACCCCGUCUCGGGCAUGAUGCAGCCACAGCAGAUGGACGCCUGGUACGGUGCCAACCCCGCCAUGGACAUGAUGAGCGUCACAGUUGGCUUCCCAGGUGCCGCUCGCGGUACCGCUAUGAUGCGCGGCAAUCGUGCUCGUGGACGCGGCGGCCGUGGCGGCUACGGCUUCGACCCCAUGGCUCUGCAGCCCGGCUACAUGCCAUUUGCCCAGCGUGGUGGCAUGAUCCGCGGAGGCCCCGCCAUGAUGCCACGCAUGAACUACGUCCAGUACCAGCCGUUCGGCCAACCGCCGACAGUCUUUGUGAGCGUGACCCUUGUCCCAGUCACCGAGCCGCUGCAGCCCAUCUUCACACUGAUGGAAUCUUUCGGUGGCGUUACGGCGAUCCGCCGCAACCAAAACAAGAAGGAGAUCCUGACUGUGAAGGCUGCCUCACCGGACGACGCGCUAGCCAUCGUGACCUACAUGCAUCGCGUGCCGUAUGUGGGUGGCCAAGUGAGCGGCAAGCUCUUCCCCAACUACGUCGAGCGAUACCCGUGCACUGACGAAGGAGACCCGCUCGACCCCGAGACGGUGCAGUACGACUUCACCGCUUCCCGCCAUCGCAGCCCAGGUCAUCGCAGCAAGGCCGUGCCGUCGCGCAUCAUCAAGAUCACAGGCUGCAACACGUACGAGGACACUGAGGUGAUGACGUAUCUCAACGGCAAGGGCAUCAACCCCGAGCGCAUCACUAAGUCCGAGGAUGGGACCUUCGAAGUUCACCUGCCGGACGUGGCAACUUCCGUGAAGGUGCUCUUGGAGUGCCAGGGGAGUGUGUGUGACGAGGAGAAGUCUAACGUCAUCUUUGUUGAGGGACCGCGCGAUGAUCCGGUCAGUACGGAUCAUAAGGUGGCUGAGGAGCACGCGAACAAGCAGUGA